AUGUCGUUCUAUGCCGCUCCUAACCAGCAGCGCCAUCUGCGCGCUUGCAUGGUCUGCUCGAUUGUUCAGUCUUACACAGUGAGUGUCAGCCUUGUUCCUCAUCCCAACCCCCAAGAGCUAGCUGACCUGGUGAACCAAUCCCAGAAAUUCCAGCGCGACGGCUGUCCGAACUGCGAAACUUCCCUCCAGCUCUGCGGAAACACCGACGCGAUUCAGGAAUGCACAUCUCAGGUCUUUGAGGGUUUGAUCGCUGUCCGCGACCCGUCCGUCAGCUGGGUGGCCCGCUGGCAACGCUUGGAUAACUAUGUGCCGGGAACAUAUGCGACCAAGGUGGCUGGAACUCUUCCGGAAUACAUCAUCGGUAGUUUGGAGGACUCGGGCGUCAAAUAUGUUCCUCGCGAUGGAACGACCGGCGAGGAGGAUACUUGA